AUGGACAAUCCUCAUGACUAUCUUAUAACGAGCCGUCCUCCUUCGCGGCCCGUCGAUCCUGACAAUGCCGAUAGCUGGGUUAUGCUCAAUCAGGGCGGCUUCGUCAAGCUAGGCAAUGAACGCAUCUUGAUGAAGCUCGAAUCGAGAAUCUCAUGCGACCUGUCUGUGCCCCAGGAGCUGAGAGCACGAUGUGCCUCGUUUCAACGCAAAAGUGACAAAGGCACCCUCUUCCUAACCAACAAGAGAAUUGUAUACCUUCCUCUAAAACCUACACAGGAACCAAAGUUUGAGUCCUUCAGCGCUCCAAUCCUAAAGUUCCAAGAUUCCACCACUUCAUCUUCAAUGUGGUGGGGAUGGGUCUGGAAAUCAGACUGUAUCCCUGUAUCUGGAGGUGGUAUACCGCCAGAUAUUCCUCGUCUUGAGGUUAAAUUCACUUUUUCAGAUGGAGGCAUGAUGGAUUUCAAUGAAGCCUACAUCAGACUGCGGGAACGCCUCUACCAGUACCAAGAAAUGCGCCGUGAGAUGGGCCCAGGCGCUGACGUUCCUGAUGAACCUUUGCCUGCCUAUGAAGCUUCUUCUGCACAACCCGCAUCUACAUCAGCCUCAACAGAUGUACGCCCCAAUCGAUCAGAGAGUUCUGCUAGCGCCAGGGCACCGGAUGAACCACCACCAAAUUACGACGAAGCACAGGCGCAGCAGUUGAAUAUUCGAUUGGAGGAUCACGUCCGGGGCGAGAUUGAUCGGGGAGCAUACGAAAAUGAUGAUUAA